AUACAGCUCCAAGUGGUGAGUAGGGGAGAGUGGGGUAAUUUGUGCCAAGGGGCAAGUAGUUCCACCCCUGUUAUCUAGAAAACCAUAGAAGAAGUUGGUCAUGUGACCACAUAUUUUUGAAGAGGCAUCCAUUUCAAUCAUCCUGCAAAGAAGGGAGACACAUGGCUUGAGAGUAGAUCCAGACCCAGGAGAGCCACCUGCCACUCCCGAGCACUUAUCAAGUGACAAAUCUGGUUCUUCUGCUCACUUGGGUUAUGUGUCUCCAGAAGUCAUUCUUCCCUUGCCAAAAGCCACAGAAAGAAAAAAAAAAAUUGUAAGAAAGAAAGUGAAAACAAGAAUCGUGACCGACACACCUGAGAAGAUGGAGUUGGAGAAGGCUCACAAAGAAAAAGAAGAUAAAAAGGCUGAACAGGAAAAGAAAAAGAAUGAAAGAGAGAAGAAAAGGGCUCUGAAAGCUGCAAAUCAAACCAAAACCAAGAAGAAAACAGCUGUGUACAGUAGCUCAGAAGAAAGCUCCACCACCAAUGAUGAGGCAGAAGAUGGCCUGGAGAAGACACACAGCAGAGAAAAUGAACGGGCUGAAAAGAAGAAAAGGAGUGGAAAUAAGAAGGGGGCUCUGAAAGGGUCAAAACCAACCAAGCCCAAAAAGAAAGUGCUCUCCAGUAGCUCAGAAGAGAGUGACUUUCCGAUUCCACUUAGCGAUGCCACUCAUUAUGAGAGUUCAGAUGUCCAGAGUGAUGAUGAUGAUGGUGACAAGGAUCUGUCUGCUGGUGACUUUGUCAUUGUGAAGUUUGCAGGUAAAAAAUCCAAAUCCUAUAACUAUGUUGGAUUGGUGGAGAAUGUUGAAGGUGACGAGAUCAGUGCAAAGUUUCUGAAGCAAAGUUAUAAGAGGUCUGUUGAUGGAAAGCCCAUCUUCACAUUUAGAGAGAAUGAUGAAGGAGUCAUCCCUAGAGGUGAUGUGCUCAAGAAACUACCCACACCACAAAAACUUGGUGGUACAGCCAGAAGGGAGUAUAAGUUCACAUUCCCCUGCAGCAUUGACAAGUGGGAUGUUCAGUAGUAGGCCGAAUCUGUGAAGAGAUUCAGAUGCAGAUGAUUUGCAGAUGAUUAGGUGCUCAUUUUGGAAUUUUGUUCUGAGUAUGUGUUCAUGUGGCGCUAGGUCCUGUUUAAGCAAAUUGGCCACACCACAAAACUUAGUGGUACAGCCAGAAGGGAACAGAAGUUCAUAUUUCCCUGCAGCAUUGGACAAGUAGGAUGUUAGGUGUUCAUAGGCCUUGUUAUAGAAAAGUGGCCUUUGAUGUUGUUAAAACUUUAAAUAAACAUUAAAUAAAUAAUGUUGUAUU